AUGGCAGAUUUGGCCGUUUUAAGGACAGCUAAGCAAGCUCUUGAUGAAGGGCUUGUGAACCCGGACGACUAUGACUUUAUCAAGAAAGCAUUCCUUCGCGCGCAGCAGAUCAAGGCGGGGUUGGAUGCCGGAUUUAUAAAGGAGGACGACUAUGUGCAAGCUCGUGAUUCUUUCCUUCACUCUCUCGACUUCGCACUCGUUGGAAACCCAGCGAGCGCAGGGCAACAGUCGAGGCCCGGCAGUCCUAAAGGCGCGCAAGUGCAAGCAGCAGCUCAGCCGCUUCCAUCUAUCGUUGCCCGUUUCCCACAGCCGUCAAGUACGCUUCCUCAUAAGAUUUCAACGCCACAGUUGCGCGAGUCUCCCACGGCGGCGCAAACCACAGGACCAUCGGCGCCGCACCCUGGCCCCCCACCUUCUGGACUGGGGUCCCGAACAAACAGCGGCCAGCAUAUUCUUGGUGGCUCAGGCACAGUUCCCAUUCCGACGGACCUACCGUCAUCGCGCGGGCCCCGCACCGCUGCUAUGGCGCCGAACAAGACCUCCAUGUCCGGCAUCUGCGUCAACGAACAGUGUAUUGCUAUUUUUAACCACAUCAAGACCAAGUCGGCUUACAAGUGGGUAACCUUCAAGGUUAAUGAUGCCGGAAAUGAGGUCGUCGUUGACCAGCUCGGAGGUGCCGACGCAACGUACGAGCAGUUUGUGAACAUCCUUCCUGAGAACAACUGCAGAUACGCUGUCUAUGACUACGCAUACCAAAAUGCUGACACGAACCAGACAAUCAACAAGCUUGUCUUUGUUCAUUGGGCACCGGACAGCUCCACGACCAAGCACAAGAUGAUGUACGCGUCUACCAAGGACUUCCUGAAAUCUUACUUGGAUGGGCUUGGCGCCGAACUGCAAGCCACUGACACUAAAGAAGCCGGGGAAAGCGAAAUGCGGGAACGCGUGCACCAGGCCAUAACGCGAAAAUGA